AUGCUGCAUUCACGUAACAUAACAGUUAGACUUUCCAAUCACGAGCACUUCGACCUGUACCUCGACGUAAAAAUACUGGACGGUUGCAUAACGUCUACCGAUGCCUCGCAAUCGUGUCCAGCGCCGUCGAUCAACACAAAGCGUACUCAUCAAACGUCCAUCUCCGCUUCGCCUUCGCUGCGCCUUUUUGCCGAGCGACGCCGUGCGCAAAAGGACAGAGACUGCGCGCUGACCGGAUCAUUAAAUAGAUUGAUGGCACCUGAGCGCACACACACAUACCUGGGCGCAAGGCUCGGGCGA